AGUCUGUAACCAAAAGCACGAUAGUCACCUCAAUUCAUUUAAAACUAUGGCAACAGACAGGAAGAAGUUUAAAAUUCCAACCGCAGAUGAAAUAGACGCAUCAGCCAGUACAUCAAGUUCAUCGCUGAGUUCAUUUAGCAAAUUUCAACAACUGAAGAAAGAGGGCAAAGUGGCAGAUGCCUGUGACCUCGACAAGUCGAUAAGAACAGGCAAGAAAGCUGAAUUGAGCUCAGGUCCACCAAAAUCCUCCAUGUCAGGAAUCCAACCUAGGAAUGUGCUCCAAUCAAGUUCUUCAACUGCAAGCUCCGUGAGCACAGCAAUACAGAACAACAAACCCCCAACAUCCACAGCUGUUCCUGAGAGAAGUGGGCCAACCGCUGUGAAGUCGUUAAACACAAACAGCAUCAUUGUUAACUCCAGGCAGAGAGGAAAUCCAAUUCUGAAAUUCAUCCGUAGCAUUCCCUACGAGUUUGGAGACAUAAUUCCAGACUAUGAGAUGGGAAAGACUUCUUGUGCGCUAUUUCUGAGUCUUCGUUAUCACCAGCUAAAUCCAAAUUACAUUCACGAGCGUCUGAAACAGCUUCGCAGAUAUUACGAUCUCAGGGUGCUACUGGUACAAGUUGACAUCAAAGAACCCCAUCAUCUGGUGAAAGAAUUGGCCAAAAUUUGCAUCCUGGCAGACUGCACCCUCAUUCUCGCAUUCUCCGCUGAGGAAGCCGGGCGCUACUUGGAGACGUACAAAGUAUACGAACAUAAACCCCCUGAAGCUAUCAUGGAGAAAACCGAGAAGGACUACAUGUCAAAGGUCACGGAGUGCCUGACCUCUGUGAAAUCGUAUAUGAUAUACACAUACAGACCUAAGAGGAAGUUCAAGACUAUAAGGAGACCUUACAACUAUGUUCCUAUGGGGCGCCCGGCGCUACCACCUGAUGGGAAGUACACCACAGAACCACUGCCAUUUCUGCGCACCGGCGGUAGAGACCUUAACGGGAAAGUCGUAAACGCCAAAAUAGGUGGGGGUCCCAAGGUCAGCUGGUACAUGAGGGACGAUAGCUUCUUAAACAAGAGGGAUGCUGAAUCUGUGGAGGAGAGGGUGCUGCGAAUUCAUCCGGAUCCGGUCAGGACGGCGAACCUGGCACUGGUUGGUUCCGGGAACAACAAACGAUACAUCAUUGCCACCCAGAACAUGAAGGAAGGGGAUGUUGUGAAAACCAGCAGGGAAAUCCCGACCAUCUCAGUACGAGCAAUGGAAGGUGAUUCUCAUCCACUUGGUGCUUUACCUAUGGGAACAAUCAUUCACAACAUCGAGAAGAUUCCAGGAGAGGGUGGGACCUUUUGUCGGGCAGGGGGAGCAAGUGCACAGCUAAUGAGAAAAGUGGGUGAUCAAGUGGCAAUAAGACUGCCCUCUAAACACGAGGUAGUGCUGGAUCCCACCUGUAUGGCCACGGUUGGACAGGUGUCCAAUUCUGGACACGAUGACGUUCCAUGGAAAGGGGUAGGGGAGAAGAUGCGAUCCGGAUAUCGACCACGAACCGGAUGGAAGCACCGGAAAACGGGAUACCAUGGCAGAAAGAUAAAACCCAAAAAGACAUUUCAUGUAAAACCUAAAGUGCCAGACUAUGAAACUUACAAGUUGUCAGGAGUGUGAUAGACGAGACUGUUAAAAAUCUGUUAUUAUAAAGUCAGGAGUGUGAAAGACGAGACUGUUAAAAAUCAGUUAUUAUGAAGUCAAGAAUGUGAAAGACGAGACUGUUAAAAAUCAAUGAUUACAGAAAUUCAUUUCCGGUGUCUAGAGAAUACAGUGUACAUUUAUGUAAUUAUUUGCAUAAAUAUGAUUUACAGUGAUACUCUAUGGUUGGUAUGGUUGCAGAAUAUUCUGUGAUUUUUGAAAUGGUAUUUUCAGAGAAAUAGGGAUUGAUCAUUGACAUCCAUGCUGGUGUACUUGUUUACAAUGUAAUGCUACACAGUGAAGAGAAGAAUGAAUUUGAUUUUUUUUCUGUUGAGUAUGAAGCAUUCAGUCAAUUAAAGUGAGUUCAAAAAGUUCUUUCAGUGGUAUAAUUACAUCCUCUGUACAUGUAUUUAUGUUGUCUUUGUGACUAUGACAGUUACAUAUUAGUUCUGAAAUGUACAAUGUAUUAUCACAAGGCAUUCUUAAUUCUGAUUAUUGCACCAUUAUGCAUUUCUUUUCUUUUUUCUUCUUUUUAAACGAAAUUGUAAUAAAUAUUGCCGUUUUUUC